AUGGUGUCCUUUUGGGAAAAUGUCCAAACCGACUAUACAAAUUCGAGCAACAACAACAAUUUGGUGCUGGAAAAUUUACAUCAAACCCUUAAUCGUCACAUUGACAAUGUUAAUCCUAUCAGCGCCUCUUCCUAUUCCUCAUCAUCAGCAACCCUUUCAUCGAAUACCACAAGUGAUGUCUCUUCAGCAUCCGCCGCAGCUAAUAAAAAUAUAUGCUCCACAACAGACAGCCAACAGCAGCAGCACAAUAACAACAACAGUGCACAAGAGAAAAAGAAAUGCAUUGAUUUGCAAACAUCCAACAGCAACAAUAACAAUACAAAUGGACACAAUCUAAUAGAUCCGACCACCAGCAACAAUAACAACAAUAAUGAUGAUGAGUUACAUUUGAAUGGCAGUUUACAGAAAACCCAUUGUUGUAUGACACCCAUUUCGAUAUCAUCAUCAGUGUCUUCCAGCGCUGUAACAGCGUUACAAUCUUCUACAGAUCUAGCUAGAGAGCAAUGGUAUGUUCAUCAUGCCCAUCACACGCCAUCGCAUCCUCAUCAACAAUUAGCUGAUGAAUUUGUUAUGUAUGCUCCUGCUUUGCCCUCAAGUAGUUCUGCCUCUUCCAUUGGUAAAUUUGGCAUUGAAAGUACGACGGAAAGUUAUUUAAAUUCAAGAUAUAAUGUAAAUGUCAAAGGAGUGCGUCAUGAAAGAGCAUCAUCUUUUUUCGACAUUCCAGCUGUGACACAUCCAUACUGUUACAGAUUUCCAUCAUCACCACCUGCAGGGAUUUUAAAGAAAAACGAUGAUGAUCCCAAUUUUUGUAACAACAACGGAGUUUCGUCAUCCCUACAGUUUGGCCAACAUUAUCAUAAUACCAAAAGUGAACAUCCCGAUUCUACCACUACGCAUCUAAGCAAUCAUCAUCCUCACACCACUCAUCCACAUCCUCAUCACCUCGCUCACCAUCAUCAUCAUCAACAUGCUCAAAACACAAAUCUUCACCAUCAUCAAGCUCAUUUAAGUCCUCACUCAUCGGCCUUCAAGUUCAGUCAUUCGCCUUCCGUCUAUCAUCAUCAAUACAAUGGUCAGACGCCAACAGCGUAUGGUAUAAGGUCUGCGGGAGAAUUAACCCCAUCAUUGGCAUUGACUCCGGUAUCCACUACAACUGAAGUUGAUAUCAAAUAUGAAAAUCCUUAUAAUUCCGCCAUAUCAUCUACUUAUACUCUGAGGCCUGGCAGUGGUGUGGAUUCCUCAACAGCGGUGUCUUCUACAGAUACAGAUUUCAAAUUAGAAAGUUUAUAUGCCUCGAAUAAUAAUAUUACGACAAGUCAUACAGUUAGUCAGCGCAGAGGUUCUCUACAACUGUGGCAAUUUUUGGUGGCUUUACUGGACGAACCGACCACGAACUCGAGUUGCAUCGCCUGGACUGGGCGUGGGAUGGAGUUUAAACUCAUCGAACCCGAGGAGGUGGCACGGCGUUGGGGUAUACAGAAAAAUCGACCCGCCAUGAAUUACGACAAAUUAUCGCGUAGUCUACGUUAUUAUUAUGAAAAAGGCAUUAUGCAAAAAGUAAACGGAGAACGUUAUGUAUAUCGUUUUGUUUGCGAUCCCGAGGCCCUUUUCAAUAUGGCGUAUGGACAUUUGGGUAAUACUGCCACAGCCGCUAAAAAUGAUCAUCAACAGCUUCCACAUCAUCAACAGCAACAUCUCAGUCAUCACCAUCAUCAUCAUUUACUAGGUUCACCCAACUCAGCCGGUAAAACAAACGUAGAUUCUAGUCUUAUAACAAGAGAUACUAUAACAGCAAGCUCCUCAUUAGAGGAGGAAGCCAACAGAGAAAGAAAUGCGCUCAGCCAUGUGACGGGAGCAAAACAUCAUGAACAAUUGUUUUAUGGUAAAUUUUAA